AUUUAGUCUCGUUUGUAGGCUAAUUGAUCAUGUGAAUGGUGAGGUUUGCCUGUUGGUGUAUUGGCGUGACUGAAAUGUUUUUUGGUGUAGAAAUUCAUUGACUAUGUGUAUACUAUUGGUGAGCUGGACUUAAGCCGAAUGAAGUGGUCUUCUUGUGUUUGAAGUUGUGUGAAGUAAUCCUGAAAUGGCUGUGGAUUCUAUGAAUGGUCGCGUAUUCGUCUUUUAUUCCUUGCCAUAGUAAUCAGCACGUUGAAAUCAUUCAGAUUUGUCGAUGUCCGUUCAAAGACGUAACAGUUGUUUGUGCAAUGAACUGCGGUCUUUUAUCGACGACAGGUUAAUCUCAUCAUGACUACUCACUUUGGUGAACAUCUGCAACCCACUGUGCUUGACUUAUCUAGUUAAGUGGGGAUGAAUACGUCUACACAUCAGUUUCGGAGUGUUCAGUUCGAGUUAAGUGUUGUCACAACUGAGCAUCAUAUAACUGCUGUUCAUUUUACACUUUUUUGCAGUUUAUCCUGUUGAAUCUUCUGUGUGUAUUCUGUAAGAGGCUGAUUAGGGUAGCAAUAAGGCUAUUGCUUAGUGGUUAGACUUUGUGACUGACGUUUAUUUGUAUGUGACAGAUGACUUUGACGCUGAACAGCAUCUUGAACUAGUUGUAACGAACCAAGUUUUCUUUCGACAUCCAAAAUCAUCGUGUCCAUGUUUCUGGUUUUGGUUAGGAAAGCCAUCUGAACUAUUGGCCUGUUAACUGUGAUUGAGUUAACCCUGAAGACGAUUUACAUUUGAAUGAGUAAACCUGAUUGGAGCGAUAGUGUGCUUGAUGUACAAAGAGUUGUGUAUACUUCAUUGUCAUAGAGACCGUGUGAAGCGCUCAGUGAUAAUAGUGAAAUUCAGAGGUGAUCAACAUCUACAUCUUAUGGUUUCACAGUUAGGACAGCGAUCCAAUAAUCUGGAGGCUAUGUCUUCUAGUCCUACCACGGAACUAUCAAUCUUCCAUUUUGAUGAUCAUCUCUUGAAUCUAUUGAUGUGCACGUAAGCUUUCUUGAAACAUAAGGUCGUGAGGAGAAGGCCAUAAGCGAAGCUGUUCACUUGGAGUAUGCGAUAUGCUAAAUCAGAGUUGUCGUCAGUGACACAACUGCUUACAAUCUGUGUCUUUAUUGUUUAGAAUUUGGUUUCCUGAAUUAAUAGUGUCUCGAUUUUUUGUGCCAAUAUUUAUGCUUGAAGUGAUGCAUUGUAGGCAUCGUGAAACUCAAGCGAACGUACAUAUUAGGGUUUUAAACAAAUGUACUGCAGUGAGGUAGUGACAGACGACAUCAUCUGCUGUUGAAAGCAGUGUUGGCUUCUCUGCUUAUAAUUGGUGCUACUGAAUGUUCGAUUCUCUCACAUUGGCGUUUGUUUGUAUCGAGAUGAUAGAGUAAUGGAUUUCAUUACAUGUUGAAGAGUUUUUUUAUUCAUAAACUGCCAAUGGAGUGGAAACUUGGAGUUGUAGUAUUGUUAGUGAAUAGAAGGAGUACAAGUAGUAGUGACGUUUCCUUAGUAAAGGGAAGAAAUACGAUGAUAUUGUCAGCGCGUAAAUGCCAGCAAACCAUGUUUGUGUGACCUAUUCUGUAGUGAGAUAGAGAAAUGUGGUGAUAGGGUUUUUGACCUCAUUAUUUUGAUAUUUGUGCUUCCGAAUGAAUGAGAGGUGAAAUAGAGGGUUGUCGGGCUUUUCUGUGUAUCUGUGUCUGUGGGUGGAUAGAUGCAGGUGGUACUUGUGGAGUGCACGAGUAGCUGAUUGUGUGUAUGUGUUCAUGCAGUUGGUGAAGAGAUUUUGUUAUGUUUGAGAUGAGGACAGAACUUUUGAGACAUGCACAGUCCUCGGUGUAGAGAUGAUGGUGCUUAACCGAGUGACUUGGGAAUCCUCUGAAUAAAAUUUGAAUGGCUUGUAAAACUACUUGUCGUAGUCACUGAAGUUGGCGUGCACAGCUGUUGUUGUAUACUUCACUUUCGGUUUUCCUAGUUCUAGAGGUUUGUCAAAGUCUUCAGUUUACAUGUGCCAUGCUUGUAGGAUUGUGAAUUUCAGAAGGCGACUGACCAAUGUGGCAUGGAUCGAUGCGAUUUCGACGUAUAGUUUCCAAAAUUGUAUUUCUCUUACCUUUACUGUGUGUAUUGGACUGAAUACUUUCUGAAAAUUUGUGAGAUAGCCGAAAGUAGAUUUUCGUGAAUGAUCAACUUAGCGAAUGGUUUGCGAAUUGACGAAUUGCACAGUGGUUAUUUGCAUUACCGAUAGACAGAUGAGUAGUUUGUGAGCAUUUGGAAAUGCAAUUGAGUGUUAGAAAUGGGGAGAUGAAGCGUUCAGUGUUGAUGAGCCAGGCCUCCAACGAGAGGAGCGACCGUCUAGUGUCAGGGUCACUGUGAUCUUGUCAAUGAGAUUGGUUUCUAACUAUUCACGUUGUUCAGCAGUGCGUGGGAAUUUUCAAGUUUUUAUUCCCAGUAGCAACCAUAUGCCGCAUAUUUUGGCAUUUGGAGACCACCUCUAUUGUGACUGUUGAGUAGACUCUUGAUAUUUACUCCUUUUGACAAUUAGGUUCGUACGUGGUUGUCUUGAGAAGCCGAUGUGAUGGACUUUGUGAGAUUGGUCAGCUGAAUAGAAAGCAAUAAAAUGUAGAUGUCAGUGUCGACUUCACUACCAAAUUUUAUGCUAAUUGCAGUGCUCGGAGAGUAUAAUGAGCAGUGCAUAAUAGGGAAGACGGUGUCCUACGUGAUAGGGGUUGUUUCUACAGUUCUUCAAUUGAAUUACUGGAGGCAUGCACAUACGUGCUUGCAGCUUGUAAAGUGAAUGUGAUGAAAAAUUGUUGCUUGAUAGAAGAACGUUUUUCGACUGGGUGAGAAUGACAAGAUGAAUGAGGUUGCAAAUUUUUUUCAUACACUAGGUCCACCACCAAGCCCUAUCAAUGUGAAAGCUAUCGUCAAUCCAGAGAAGGCUUCAAUCAAGGAUCAGAUGAUCGAGCUGACUUGGGAACAACCGAGUGAUCAAGUCUCGGCUGCUGGACCAGUCACCAACUUCUACAUUGAACUGAAACCGACAGAUUCAACACGCUGGCAAGAUGUGUCGGCCGACUUCACCAUCACUGAGCCACACUUCUCACUUCCUACUGAUAAGCUGCAAGAGUUUGUGAGUUAUGAAUUUCGUGUGACAGCGGAGAAUAAGGCUGGUAAGAGCAAGCCAUCAACAGCAUCGAAUGCAGUUGAGUUGGGUAUACCGCUGGAAUUCAUUCGCCCACUGGAAGAUUUGACUGUGAGUGAACUGACAAGUGGACCAGUUUCACUUGAAUGUGAACUCUCUCGAGCGCCUCGUGAGAAGAUGCAAUGGUUUAGAGAUGGCAAAACUCUGAGUCGACUACCGGACAGAAUUAAAGUCGAAGAGUUGGAGGAUGGAAAGAUUCAUCGCAUUGUCUUCCACCCAUUGACUGAUGAGGAUCUAGGUGUUUAUUCUGUCAAAGUGGAGAAUUUAACGAGUGAAGCAAGGCUUGAAAUGAAAAUAAAACCAACACUCAAACUGUCAGAGUCAUUCUCAGACAAAGUCAUCAUGAAAGCAGGAGAGGCAGCCGUCUUCGAGAUCCCAUUCAUCGCCAGUCCGAAACCGAAAGUCGAAUGGAAAUGGAGACCGAGAACACGUCCCGACGCCGAGCUGGGAUCAGCUCAGAGUCCACGGUUCAAGCCUGACGUGGUGUCUGGACUGACGUCACUACCAGUGAGCAAGGUGAAACGUGAGGAUGCUGGGGAGUACAGUUUGUUGAUCAGUAAUGAGUUGGGUGAGGUGUCGGUGAGUAUUGAGUUGAUAGUUUUGGACAAACCGUCAGUUCCGCGUAAUUUGGCGGUGAGUGAGAACACUGGUGAGAGUGUGUUGUUCAGUUGGAGUGAGCCUGAAUUCCUUGGUCUUCCACCGGGUGUUGAUGUGAGUCAGAGCCUGAUGUAUGUGAUUGAGAUGCGUGAGUCGAGUCAGCGUUCGAGCAGGUCGGUGACGACGACUAGUGAAUUGAGCUGUUGUGUGGACAAACUGCAGGUGAACAAGUCAUAUGUGUUCAGUGUUGCAGCGAAGAAUGAAGUUGGUCAAUCCGAUUUUGUGGAGACGAGUCCAGUUUCAACGAAGUUGGAAUAUG